AUGCCGAAAAAUCCCAAUUUCUCGUACGAGGAAUACGACAGGUUUUCCCUCGAUGAGACGAACGAUGCCGAGUGCUUGACAGAGUGUAGAUUUAGAAAGCACGACUUGCAAAUUCUCUUAGAGGUUCUUCAAAUACCUGAUAGCUUCAGAUGCUAUCAAAGAGGUGUUGUUGACGGAAUGGAAGGUCUCUGCAUUCUUCUUAAAAGAUUAAGUUAUCCAUGCAGAUACAGUACCAGUUCUCAGUGUGGUCAGUAAUGACGUCUUGGAUUUUAUAUGUAACACUCACUGACAUCGCAUAACACCGUGGAACCACAAGGUGCUUAAUCCAGCUGCAUUACAGAUUUACAGUAACGCCAUUGCCGAAAAAGGAGCUGCUUUACAUAAUUGUUUUAGGUUCGUUGAUUCGUUGAUUCGUUCGUUGAUGGGACAGUUCGCCCCGUAUGCAGACCAGGAGAGCACCAAAGAGUCAUCUACAACGCCCACAAGAGGGUUCACGCUCUAAAAUGCCAGUGUGUGGCUCUACCCAAUGGUUUAAUCGGUAACCUAUAUGGUCCAGUGGGUAAGUUUUGCGGGGAGGGUUUGUACAAAGAGAGAGUGGGCGAUUUCAAUUUCAGUAUUUUUUUUAACAAGAAAUAUUGGAAGAGUGUCAGGGGUAAAGAGUCAGAGGCUUAUGUGACAAACCUGUACAAGAAGCGUUUUUAGUUCCUUACGUAUGUUUUACUUCCUUUUACUGUUUCAGAGGGUCGUAAACACGAUACUGGCAUGCUAGCUGAUUCAGGUCUUCUUCAAGACCUGCAACGCUUUGCAAAUUCACCAGCUGGCAAUCCGUUUUGCUUGUACGGCGAUCCGGCAUGCCCUCAUAGAAUUUACUUACAGACGCUAUUCCGAAAUAGAGCCCUUACUGCCCCAAUGAUUGCUUUUAACCAGUCUAUGAGUACAGUGCGAGAGUCCGUAGAAUGGCUGUUUAAUGACAUUGUCAAUUAUUUUAAGUUUAUGGACUUUAAAAAGAAUCAAAAAUUAGCUUUAGUAGUGUAG